UAGGAACAAGUGGAAAAAAAGAAAAAAAGAAAUGAAAAAGGUGAAGGCUGCAACUGCUCUUCUGUUCCGACAUGUUUUCCUUUCCUAGGAUAAUCCCCUCAGGAUCAUGGUAUGAUGACUUUUCAAUAGAUUUUCCAGACGGGUUAUAAUGUUGGGAAAGUAUAUAUAUUUGGUCAAUUCCUUUCAAUUGAUGGGAGAAUUUAGAUUUAUUUUAUCAUUAUUAAAUAACAAUUAAUACAAAACAAUUUUAAUUAUUAAAAAAAAAACAUGGCUGAAAUUACUUUAGGUAGAUACAUCUUUGAAAGAUUGAACCAAUUAAAGGUUCAAACCAUCUUUGGUGUUCCAGGUGAUUUCAAUUUAUCUCUUUUAGAUAAAGUUUAUGAAGUUGAAGGCAUGCGUUGGGCCGGUAAUGCCAACGAAUUGAACGCUGCUUACGCUGCUGAUGGUUAUUCUCGUCUUAAGGGUUUAUCAUGCUUGGUUACCACUUUUGGUGUUGGUGAAUUAUCAGCAGUUAAUGGUAUUGCUGGUUCUUAUGCUGAACACGUUGGUGUUUUGAAUUUAGUUGGUAUUCCUUCAAUUAGUUCUCAAGCAAAACAAUUAUUAUUACAUCAUACUUUGGGUAAUGGUGAUUUCACUGUUUUCCACAGAAUGGCUAAUAACAUUAGUCAAACUACUGCAUUUAUUUCUGAUAUCAACUCUGCUCCUGCUGAAAUCGAUAGAGCCAUUAGAGAAGCUUAUAUUUACCAAAGACCAGUUUAUGUUGGUUUACCAGCCAAUUUAGUUGACUUAAAUGUUCCAGCUUCUUUAUUACAAACUCCUUUAGAUAUUUCCUUAAAACCAAAUGAUCCAGAUGCUCAACAAGAAGUUAUUGAAAACGUUUUAGAAUUGGUUUCAAAAGCUAAAAAUCCAAUUAUUUUGGUUGAUGCUUGUGCUUCUAGACACGAUUGUAAAGUUGAAGUUGAACAAUUGGUUGAUACUACCAAAUUCCCAGUUUUCACUACUCCAAUGGGUAAAUCGGGUAUUAAUGAAUCUCAUGAAAGAUUUGGUGGGGUUUAUGUUGGUUCUUUAUCUGAACCAGAAGUUAAAGAAUUUGUUGAAUCUGCUGAUUUAAUCUUAUCGGUAGGUGCUUUAUUAUCAGAUUUUAAUACUGGUUCUUUCUCUUAUUCUUAUAAAACUAAAAAUAUUGUUGAAUUCCAUUCUGAUUAUACUAAAAUUAGACAAGCUACCUUCCCAGGUGUUCAAAUGAAAGAAGCUUUACAAAACUUAUUAUUAAACAUCGGUCAAGUCACUGCUUCUUACGUUCCUGGCCCUGUUCCUGCUCCAAGACGUUUCAACUCUCCAGCUGAAGCUAAUACUUUAUUAUCUCAAGAAUAUUUAUGGAACAGAGUUUCUACUUGGUUUAGAGAAGGUGAUAUCAUUAUUACUGAAACCGGUACUUCUGCUUUCGGUAUUGUUCAAUCCAGAUUCCCAAAUAAUACCGUCGGUAUCUCUCAAGUCUUAUGGGGUUCUAUUGGUUUCACCGUUGGUGCUACCUUAGGUGCUGUUAUGGCUGCUCAAGAAAUUGAUCCAAAGAGAAGAGUUAUCUUAUUCGUCGGUGAUGGUUCUUUACAAUUAACCGUUCAAGAAAUCUCUACCAUGUGUAAAUGGGAAACCACUCCUUACUUAUUCAUUUUAAAUAACGAUGGUUACACCAUUGAAAGAUUGAUUCACGGUGAAACUGCUACCUAUAAUGAUAUCCAACCUUGGAAUAAUUUGAAAUUAUUAGAAUUAUUUAAUGCUAAAAAUCCAGAAAAUUAUAGAGUUUCUACCGUUGGUGAAUUAGAAACCUUAUUCUCUAAUAAAAAUUUCAAUGAAAAUACUAAUAUUAGAGCAAUUGAAGUCAUGUUACCAAGAAUGGAUGCUCCAAUUAACUUGGUUAAACAAGCUCAAUUAUCUGAAAAAACCAAUGCUGAAAAUUAAUUCUAACUGACUGCCUUUUUCUUCAUUUUCUUUUUAUAUAAAUAUUUUCCCAUUACGUGUAUACGAAAUACGAUCUAAUCUUAAUAAAACUUCAUUUAGUUUAAUUUUACUGUAUUGAUUCGGACUUGAAUUUAAUCCCGAACUAGAUGGGCAAGAGGUACGGGUGUCUUCCGGAGACCGACUUGGGUCCGAGCAGAUAACUACUCUCUACCAUAUACCCCGAAUAACCUUAAUACCGCCGAAAUUAACUGAAACAGGUCGAAGCUGGCUACUUUCAAGGGAAGCGAAAAUUGUGUCUUCGGAAAACCCUCAGAUUGCGUAAUAGCAUGGGGUAAGGUUUUGGUUCGGUUUUGGUUCGGUUUUUAUCUGUUUUUCUUCUUUUUUUUUU